GGGGCCGGCGGGGUACUAACCCCGGUAUCGGCGACGCCGUCGCUGCAGUCGCCUCAGCCCCCUGGAACCGAAGAAGACUCUGUCGCCAGGGUCGCCGGCCGCUCUCGCGUGGCUCACGCGAGCCCGUAGCCAUGGAGGACUUUAUCGUGAUCUCCGACGACAGCGGCUCCGAGAGCUCGGCCGGGACCCGCUCGGGCCGGGCGCGGAGGCUGCGCCGGGCCCUGUCGCGGACCCCCGGCGCGCUGCCCCGCCGAACCGUGGACUUCAUUGACUUAACUAGAGAAACCAGAGCGAGGGCAAAAGAUCGUAAUGGACUCUGUGUGAUUGAUCUGACAAGAAGUGAGGAAGAAAAUAGGCCUAUUGCCACUCUUGACUUGACUCUAGAACCUGUACCUUCCUCUCAGAAGGAGCCACCUAGUCUUCAGACAUGUACCAAUCUCUCAGGCAAAGAGGCAGUGGGAGCCCAUGGAGACAGACUCUCUCAGCCUGCAGGACAAAGCAUCAUUAACAAUGACCCUGUAGAUUUGGAUUUGUUGGAGGACAACGUGUUUGAACAUUCUCGACCCCCUACAUCUAUCAGCCAGGACUCUGUUUAUCCUCCAGAACCAAACUGUGGCUCAAUCACGUACAAAGGUGGCCUCAGCUUCUUGACAGAUGUCAGCUCUUUCUCCUCCACAAACAAUAACAGUAGUAGCAGCAGCAGCAGCAGCAGCAGCAGCAGCAGCAGCAGCAAUCAGAGGGCCUCUUUGCCAUGCUCACAGCAAGAUGUGUCUUGCCAACCACAAGGCUUGCUAUGCCCACUACAGGCCUUAUCGUGCCCACUAAGAGCUUCACCGUGUCCACCACGAGCCUCCUCAUGCCCACCACAAGCUUUGUCAUGUCCAUCACAAACUUUGUCAUGCCCCUCACAAACCUUGUCAUGCCCCUCACAAACUGUGCAGUGCCAACUCCAAGCUUUACCUCAUUCACCUCAAGAAGUGCCAUGCCCUACUCAAGAUGUGUCAUGCUCUCAGCAGAAUAUGCCAAGCACAGCUCAAGACUUGUCAUGGCACCCUCAACACCCACUAUACCCACCACAAAACACUCUGGGCAUACUUCAAGAUGUUCCAGGCCGACCUCAAAACCUAUUAUACCCGCAAGAUGUGACACAACUACAAGAUAUGCCAUGGUUACUGCAAGACAUGCCACUGUCACUACAAGACAUGCUGCAGUCACUGCAAGAUGUGCCACCAUUGCUGGGAGAUGUAACACAGUCACCAGAGGUGAUGCAGUUACCAGGAUAUAUGACACAGUCAUCAAGAGAGAUGAUACAGCCACGAAGAGGUGUGAUACGGUCAUCAGAAGGUGCGAUGCAGUCAUCCAGAAGUGUGAUGCAGUCAAGAGGUGUGAUGCAGUCAAGAGGUGUGAUGCAGUCAAGAGGUGUGAUGCAGUCAUCAAGAGAGAUGGUACAGUCACCAGGAGGUGUGAUGCAGUCACCAGGAGGUGUGCCACCAUCAUCAGGAGAUAUGAUACAAUCACCAGAAGCUGUACCACAGUCAUCAGGAGAUAUGAUACAGUCACCAAAAACUGUACCACAGUCAUCAGGAGAUGUGAUACAGUCACCAGAAGCAGUACCACCACCAUCAGGAGAUGUACAACCACCAGAAGUUGUACCACAGUCACCUAGCAAUGCAUUGCAGUCACCAGGCAAUUUGUCACCGUUACUUGGAAAUAUACCACACUUAUCAGGAGAUGUGUCGCACUCACCGCCAAGGUUAUUGGAUUUAGCAAGAGACAGGCCAAAGUCUUCCCUGGAUGCUAUGCAGAGCCAUGAUAUUCAUAUGGAUAUCUCAGCUCCGCCCUCUCCAAGUUGCUCUGCUAGCCCACUGUCUCCACAGUCUGAAUAUUCCUUAGAAAAAGUUCCUUGGCUCUCUGUUACAGACAGUUCAGCCAAAAAAGAGAGAUCACUGCCACAGCUUGCCAACCCUGGGUCUGCCCAGAUACAAGGACAAAUACCACAAGUUGGGGUGUACAACAGACCGUGCCUGCACAGACUGAAAUACUUCUUACGGCCUCCAGUACACCAUCUCUUCUUCCAGACGUUAAUACCAGAUAAAGACACACGGGAGAGCAAGAGUCAGAAAUUAGAGCCCAUCCCUCAUCGAAGACUAAGAAUGGUGGCAAACACCAUUGAAGAAAACUUCCCUCUGGGGACUGUGCAGUUUCUAAUGGACUUUGUUUCACCCCAGCAUUACCCACCCAGAGAUAUUGUGGCUCACAUCAUCCAGAAAAUCCUGCUCAGUGGCUCUGAGACUGUGGACGUCCUUAAGGAGGCCUACAUGCUUCUCAUGAAAAUCCAACAGUUGCAUCCAGCCAAUGCCAAGACUGUGGAGUGGGACUGGAAACUGCUCACCUAUGUCAUGGAGGAAGAGGGACAAACUCUGCCUGGACGUGUCCUCUUUCUACGUUAUGUAGUGCAGACCCUGGAAGAUGACUUCCAACAGAUCUUGAGGAGACAGCGUCAGCACCUACAGCAAUCCAUUGCAAAUACUGUUCUGUCAUGUGACAAACAGCCCCAUAAUGUCAGAGAUGUUAUCAAGUGGCUGGUCAAAGCAGUGACUGAAAACGAAUUAACAGUGCCCCCAGAUGGGACGCAGACCUCUCCAGGAACAGGAGUGCUAAAAGCUAGCAGUGACCAUCUGUCUCCCCAGCCCAACCUGACCAGGAACACCAGUCAGCUGAUUGUGUGUCAGCUUCAGAGGAUGCUGUCCAUUGCUGUGGAGGUGGACAGGACUCCUACCUGCAGCUCCAAUAAAAUAGCUGAGAUGAUGUUCGGGUUCGUGCUGGACAUCCCUGAAAGGAGUCAGAGGGAGAUGUUCUUUACUACCAUGGAAAGCCACCUUCUGCGCUGCAAAGUGUUAGAAAUCAUAUUCCUCCACAGCUGUGAGAUACCCACCCGUCUCCCCUUGUCUCUGGCCCAGGCCCUCUAUUUUCUGAACAACUCCACGUCACUGCUCAAGUGUCAGUCAGAUAAAACCCAGUGGCAGACAUGGGAUGAGCUGCUUGAGCACCUGCAGUUCCUGUUGUCCAGCUAUCAGCAUGUGCUGAGAGAGCACCUACGGAGUUCGGUGAUUGAUCGAAAAGACUUAAUCAUCAAAAGAAUUAAGCCCAAACCCCAGCAAGGAGAUGAUAUCACAGUGGUGGAUGUGGAGAAGCAGAUUGAGGCCUUCCGCAGCCGCCUGGUCCACAUACUGGGAGAACCUCUUGUCCCCCAGCUCCAAGACAAAGUGCAUUUGUUGAAGCUGCUGCUCUUCUAUGCUGCUGACUUGAACCCUGACAUAGAACCUGUCCCACAGCACUGAGGCAGCCAGACUUGUAAGCACUGAGCACCAAAAAUACCUCCUGACUCGCCAGCGACUUAGAAGCUCUGAAGUAUGAACAGCAGUUAGCAUAAGACCAAACCUAUCUUAUUUAUCUGUAGGUUAUAAUAACUUUAUAACUUCAGUGUAUAUCU